AUGUUGCCGCUUCUACCCCCGCAGGAAGCUACCGACAUAUUCUCUCUCUCCGAUCAGGUUUUGGCUGACAGGUUACAGUUCAUUCGGGAAAUUGGUUUCGGGAACUGGGGCAGUGUAUGGUUAUGUAGCCCCAAGUCUGCCCGAACGAAACAACCUCAGGACAACGUCCAGGUCGCGGUCAAGCUUGUUCACCGGUCAAAGACCACGACGACAGCUGCCCGCGUUCGAUCUCUAUGGAACGAAAUGAAAGUCGUUCGCUCUUUCAAGAACGACCCGCACCCUUCCAUCGUGCCGUUUCAUUCGUUCAUCAUUACACCCUCGGACUAUCUUCCCGAACUCAUACCAGUAGAGGUACCAGAAAUAAAGGCCAAGGAUUGGUUCCGCUCAUUAUUGUCCGGCGUCCAAUUCCUCCACAAGCGGGGCGUCGUACACAACGACAUCAAGCCCGCCAAUAUCUUACUUUCCCAGGAUCAUGUCCCGGUUCUGGUGGACUUCGGUUUUGCCGAGAAGUAUGACUAUCUGUCUCCGGAGCGUGCGCGGGGAUUGCCCCAUGACACACGCAAGUCUGACGUCUGGUCGCUCGGCGUAACGUUCUUCGAGAUCCUUAUUGGCCGGACACCCUUUGAAAACGCCGAGGGCGAGCAGUUUACCACCAAGGAAGACCUGGAGAAGUAUUGGGGCCGCACGCUCCGCGGCAAGUGGGUCGGCACGUGGAAGAUGUCCAAGGGCGCAGAGAAGAUGCUCCGGCGGAUGAUCCAGCCAAACGCAGACCUCCGCUGUAUGGCCAAAGACGCCAUGUUGGACUUGUACUGGGCAGAGUCCAAAGACGCUUUCGCCGCCGCCCAUCGCAAGUCCGCGAGCAUGUCCUUCACGGGCGCGGCCACCUCCACGCCGACCCCCGAGAAAGACAAGGACGGCACGAAGCUGAUCGACAUCAUCUCGCCCUGGUCGACCCGGCGACUCAGCAAGGACCAACGUGACAAGGAGAAAGAGCGCAAGCCCAAGGCCGGCGCCGCCACUUCCGCAUCUGCGUCGUCGUCUGUGGACAAGGAAAACGCGUUCGCCACGCCGGGCGCCGCGAGGCCGAAGGCGCAGAGGCUGCUCUCGCCCGGUGGGGCGGCACGCGCGGGCCACGCGCGAUCGCAGUCGCAGCCGCGGGUCCAGGCCGGUAGUGACGUGCUCGCGCAGACGCAGGCGACGAAGAGGCGGGUGGGCGCGCACGUCAACGUGCUCGCCCCGAUUGUUGGCUCGCCGCCGCCGACCCCGGUCAGCGCGCGCAAGGACAGGGCCGCCGGAGGUGCCGGACUCGGGCUCGGGCGCGUGACCUCUGCGAUGGGCAAGGAGAAUGCCGCGGCGCAGCGCAAGCACUCGAUCCCGCGCAAGCCCGUCCCGCAGGUGGCGAGCCGGGAGUUUGCACCGAAGGUCCCGCCGAAGGAUCGGGAGCCUGUGCGGCGCCCUGGGGGAGCGUUGGUAGACCGGACCGCGCAUGCGAGGAACGUGGAGAAUGUGAAGGAGAAUGUGAAGAAGGUCGGUGCUGGUGCUGGUGUUGUUGCUGUUGCUGGUGUCGCUGGUGCACAGAAGAGUGCGGCGGUGGAGGAGGGAGAGGGGAAUAGUCAGGUGGAGGAAGGGAAGAGCAUGGGGAGCGUGCGAGAUCGGAUGCGCGAGUGGGAGAGAGAGCGGGAGCGGCUGCGGGAGACUGUCAUGCUGUCGCCCCCGUCUUCGCCGGCCACGGAGAGCGAGCAAGAGCAGGGGUGGCGGAUCCGGAUCGCGGAGAGCGCGGAGAGAGGGGAGGGAGAGAGGCGGACGCGCAGCGAGGAUAUAUUGCGCGAGGACGUCCACGCGCGCCACGAUGCUGUGCGUGUCUCGAAAACACCCACCGACAGCAUUCCGCCCACGCCGGUGUCUCCCGACAUGAAUUUCUUCAUGCAUGAUACUUCGUUCCCUCGGUCGGUUUCCGCUAACGAAUCUGGACUCAGCAUCUUGAAGCAAAGCCUCAAGAUGUCUCUGGGCAAGACGGUCCAGCUGUACAAGUCGUCUACCCUCGGAUACUUCGGACGGCGGUCCACCCAGCCUACGUCUACCUCUGCGGAGGAAGUGCACCAGGGCGAUAUGAGCAGAACCCCGUCUUGGGAGGACGAGGAGCUCAUGAAACAAGCCAACUCUACGCUGCCCGUCGUGCAUCAAGCCUUCCGCAAUGAGCGUGCCGGCGCGGACAACAGGGCGGACCGCAUGACCAUCUGGAUUCAGAACGUCGAGAAGGUCGUCGAGGACGCCCGCCAAAACUUUGCCUCGUCCAGCGUCACUCAGCUCCCCCCUCUCCCCAUCGCCCCGCCCGUGACGCGCGCCACUUCGCGCAACCUGUCUGCACGCUCCUCUCGCCUCCCACGCAAGAUCUUGGCCGCCAGCCAGAUCUUCCACCAAGACACAGACCACAGCGUGGUCACCGACGACAGCUUGUUGACCGCCUCCUCGUCGCGGUCUCCGCUGACGACCCCGUCCCCCGCACAUACACUCCCGACGAUACCGUCGGAAGAGCCCAGCCAUGCUUUUGGGUUGACGCAGAGUCCGCAUCGCUCGCGACGAGCGACGGUCGUCGGACAUUCCCCGGAACAGGGCGGCGUGUUCGUGGCUGAGCCCGAGUCGCCGUCGAAACGGAGGGAAAAGUCAAAGUCGCACAGCGAGCUGCUGUCGAGGCCCAUCAGCCCGAUCGAAACGCUGACACUCGAAUUGGAACGACUGUCCAAGCCAUCUCCACCAUUGCCGCUCAGCGCGGUCAUCGACAGGAGCCUUUUUAUCGCCGAGUCGCCAUCUGCGAGGCGGGAAACCUUCAACAUGCCGCAGACGCCAUCUAUCCAGAUCUUCACUGACAAACUGGGGGGCGAUGACAGCCUCACCGCAUCCCCUUUCAGCGUCGAGCCGUAUCCCAAUAGGGUGUGCUCGCUCAACUCACCCAUCGUCGAGUCGCCCACCACGCAGCGCCGCGUCGAAGGCGUGUACGACCGCUUCCUGAUGGCCACGUCGGGCGUCAAGCGCGUCGGCCGCGGGUACCAGUCCGAUAACAUCGGACCCGUCACCAACGUCCCUCAGACGCAGGCAUCGGCAUCGCACCGGCCCGCAUCGAGGAUGUUUCACUCGACCCGCCGGGCGAUGCCUGCGCCCGUGUCUAGCGAUGACUUUGAGAAGCGCAGGACGGUGAGCGUCGACGAGCUCGGGAUGAUGCAGUCCUUCAGCGGCGAUGCGAAUGGGACCACGCACAUCCCCAUGUCGAAAGACGAGCGCACGAAUACCGUGCGCAAUGUCCGACGGGCCAUCAAGGCCAUCGUCAGUGGCAAGACAGUUUCAAAAAUAUCGUCCAAGGCGGAAUGA